AUAUCAAGUAUAAGCCUUCUACAAGAUGAAAAAGACAAGGAAGGAAGGCGAGGAAGGCGUCCUAGAAUUCCAUCCCCAAAAUUCAACAUAUUAAACAUAUUAUAUAAAAAUUACCGAGUAUUAGAAACAAUUUUUACAAUUAAUGAUUAA